AUGCCAAACCGGAAGUUUGCCGAUGGUGAGGUGGUGAUGGGCCGCUGGCCGGGAAGCGUCCUGUACUAUGAAGUACAAGUCACUAGUUAUGAUGAUGCAUCUCAUCUUUAUACUGUUAAGUACAAAGAUGGGACUGAACUUGCAUUGAAAGAAAGUGAUAUAAGGUCACAAUCAUCGUUCAAGCACAGGAAGAGCCAGUCCUCUUCAAGUUCUCCUUCCAGAAAAAGUGCUAGCAGAUCUCGAUCUAGAUCUCCUGGUCGGCCAGCAAAAGGCAGACGUCGAUCUUCUUCCCAAAGCAGAGAACAUAAAGAGGACAAAAAGAAAAUCAUUCAGGAAACCAACUUAGCUCUACUGAAACCCAGUGAGAAUAAUACCAGAAGGUACAAUGGUGAACCUGAGAGUACAGAAAAAAAUGACACAUCCUGUGUAAUCUUGGAGCAAAAGUUGAAACCAGACCUGGAAACAGAGCGUGUGCUUGAACACUACGGCUUGCGUCCAAGAAGAGAAGAAAAGAAAAAGGAAGAGAUAUAUUCAGAGAAUAAGAUUUUUGAGACCAUAAAAACAAUUGAGAAACCAUCAUCAAAAACAAAGGAGCUAGAGUUUGGUGGAAGAAUUGGCACCUUCAUGAUGAUAUUUUUCCUGCCUGCUACUGUAUUCUACCUGCUGUUGAUGUGCAAACAAGAUGACCCAAGUCUUAUGAACUUCCCUCCUCCUCUCCCAGCGCUGGAAAGUCUUUGGGAGGCUAGGGUGUUUGGUGUUUUUCUUCUGUGGUUUUUCCUUCAAGCUCUAUUGUAUUUACUGCCAAUUGGAAAGGUUGUAGAAGGCCUGCCUCUUUCAAGUGGAAGGAAACUGCAGUACCGGAUCAAUGGGUUUUACGCUUUUACUUUGACUGCUGCAGUGAUUGGAACUUUAUUAUACUUUCAAUUUGAACUUGAUUAUUUGUAUGAUCACUUCCUGCAAUUUGCAGUAUCAGCUGCAGCUUUUUCUAUGGGGUUGAGUAUUUAUCUGUAUAUUCGGUCCCUGAAAGCUCCCGAGGAAGAAUUAGCACCAGGUGGAAAUUCUGGGUAUUUUGUUUAUGAUUUUUUUACUGGGCAUGAAUUAAACCCUCGUAUUGGCAGUUUUGACCUCAAAUACUUCUGUGAAUUGCGUCCAGGAUUAAUUGGCUGGGUUGUUAUAAACUUGGCAAUGCUCUUGGCCGAGAUGAAGAUACACAAUCAAAGUAUGCCAUCGCUGUCCAUGAUACUUGUGAACAGCUUUCAACUCCUCUAUGUGGUGGAUGCUCUUUGGAAUGAGGAAGCUGUUUUGACUACAAUGGACAUUACCCAUGAUGGAUUUGGAUUCAUGCUGGCAUUUGGGGAUUUGGUGUGGGUUCCAUUUGUCUACAGUCUGCAGGCCUUCUAUUUAGUUGGUCAUCCUACUGCCAUUUCUUGGCCUGCUGCUGCAGCAAUUACUAUUCUGAACUGUAUUGGAUAUUACAUAUUCCGUAGUGCAAAUUCUCAGAAAAAUAGGUUCCGAAGGAAUCCGGCAGAUCCCACAUUGGCCUAUCUGAAAUUUAUACCCACUGCAACUGGAAAAGGGCUUCUUGUCACGGGUUGGUGGGGUUUUGUUCGUCACCCUAAUUACCUCGGUGACAUCAUCAUGGCUCUGGCAUGGUCUCUACCCUGUGGUUUUAAUCACAUUUUACCAUAUUUCUACGUGAUAUAUUUCAUCUGCUUGCUUGUUCACCGAGAAGCUCGUGAUGAGCAUCACUGUAAGCAGAAAUACGGCUUGGCGUGGGAAAGGUAUUGCCAGCGCGUGCCCUACCGCAUCUUCCCUUACAUCUACUAGAGCACUCCAGAUGCCUGAUUUGCAA